CUAUGCCGGCCCGGCGCUUGGGCCAGUCUGGGGCAGCUGCCGCUUUGACCUGUGUUACCGCACGUCCGCGCCACCGCAGGACGAGGGAUCACCGGAGGUCUGCAUGGGCCGGGUAGGACCAGAGGCCAUGGAAACUCUGACCCGAACCCAACAAGCUCGGCGGGAGCAGGCCAAGGCCUUUGGAGCUGGUCCCGGAGGCGAGGGCGCCGAUACCUACUGGACCCACUGAGGCAUGAUAGCCAGGACAGGGGCCACCGCCUUAGUGACACGGACAGGACUUGAUGCUCCCAAAACUGCAAGAAGGAAGAUAUGAAAUCAAGGCAGCAGCUCGGGAAGCCAGGAUGGAAGGACUCUUGACGAUCGCCGCUCCCCGGGGCUCCAAGUUGGGAGAAACAUGGAAACAUGAGGGUCAUUUCAAGGACAGACAGGAAAACCAGGAAAGCCACUGGAAGCAGGAGGCCCACACGAAAGACCCCACCGGGGUGGGUGUCCCCGAGGAUGAUAGACUUGGUGGGAGCUCCGGAACCAGCUCAAGCCCCGCCAGUACCCAGGCCGACAGCAGGCCACAGGGGCGCGGCAUGCCAAGAAAGAGCGCCAAACCGAAGAACGAGGAGGCACGAGGGGGCAGCCCCAGGAAGCCGUGGAAGUGUGAGGACUGCGGCAAGGCCUUCAGCUACUGCUCGGCCUUCACCCUGCAUCAGAGAACGCACACGGGGGAGAAGCCGUUCGCCUGCCCCGACUGCGGCAAGGCCUUCAGCCAGAGCGUGCACCUGACGCUGCACCGGCGCACGCACACGGGCGAGCGGCCCUACAGCUGCUCCGAGUGCGGCAAGGCCUUCAGCCAGGGCUCCUACCUGGCGGCGCACUGGCGCACGCACACGGGCGAGCGGCCGCACCGCUGCGCCGACUGCGGCAAGGCCUUCGCGCGCCCCGCUCACCUGGCGCAGCACCGGCGGGUGCACACGGGCGAGCGGCCCUUCGCCUGUGGCCAGUGCGCCAAGGCCUUCCGCAGCCGCUCGUCCCUGCUGGAGCACCAGCGCAUCCACACGGGCGAGAAGCCGUUCGCAUGCGCGCAGUGCCACAAGGCCUUUCGCUUCUCGUCGGCGCUCCUCCGCCACCAGCGCACGCACACGGCCGAGCGGCCCUACGCCUGCGGCCAGUGCGCCAAGGCCUUCACGCAGACCGCGCACCUGGCGCAGCACCGGCGCGUGCACACGGGCGAGAAGCCCUACACGUGCCCCGAGUGCGGCGCGCCCUUCAGCCAGAGCGCCUCGCUGGCCGAGCACCGGCGCCUCCACACGGGCGAGAAGCCGUUCGCGUGCGCGCAGUGCGGCAAGGCCUUCACGCAGGUGUCGCACCUGAGCCAGCACCGGCGCGUGCACACGGGCGAGCGGCCCUACGCCUGCCGGGACUGCGGCCGCGCCUUCAGCCACCGCUCGCACCUGGCGCAGCACCACCUCGUCCACACGGGCGCCCGGCCCUACAAGUGCCUGGAGUGCGGGGCCGCCUUCAGCCACGUGUCGUCCCUCACCGAGCACCAGAAGGUCCACACGGGCGAGAAGCCCUACCGCUGCGGGGACUGCGGCAAGGCCUUCAGCCAGGGCUCGUCGCUGACGCUGCACCGGCGGACGCACACGGGCGAGCGGCCCUACCCGUGUCCCGAGUGCGGCAAGGCCUUCAGCAACCGCUCCUACCUGAUCCAGCACCACAUCGUCCACACCGGCGAGAAGCCCUACGAAUGCGGCGGCUGCGGCAAGGCCUUCAGCUUCUCCUCCGCCCUCAUCCGCCACCAGAGGACGCACGCCGACAGGACGGCCGCGGGCCCCUCUGCGCAGCCGCCGCCGCCCCUGAUUGGACCCCUGAGCGGGGGGAGGAGCCUGCCGGCCGCGGCGGCCCCGGGUCCCGCGGAGCGAGGGCUGAGGCGUGCAGGGCCUCGGACGGGCAGGGCCCCGCCUCUCAGCACGAGCGGGGACGUACCCCACCAUCACCCGGUUGCCCGUGAGGAAACCGAGGCUCCGUGACGUGCCCUUGGUUACCCCGGGAGGCGGGAGGGUCGGGACUGCACUCCGCAUCUCGCAGAACACCCCCUUACAGCGCCUCCAUAGUUCAAGAUUUAUAGUCUUGUGACCCACAAAAGGGGACCUGAGGACAUAUCUGUGGGUCUCUGGCUGGCCCUUUGAGUGUUGAUUUUAUGACCAGGUAGGUAGGCAUUUGUCCAACACGGUUCAUUGAAUAAAAGGUUCAGCGCC